UUAAGCGAUUUGAUUGAAUUAAAUCAAUUUCAGUAGUAUUAGUUUAAUCUGAGUCAUUAAGUAGUCCAAUAUGGCGAAGUUCAUGGUUGUAUUACUAUCUCUCACUUCAGUGGGUAUGCUCGCUUCUUGUGACAUACCCAAUGUUUUCGAGUUUUGUACUGCUCUCAUGUCCGACAAACAAAACUCUUGCAGUAAGGCAACAUGUCAAGGAAGGCCAGGCAAGAGAGGACCAGUUGGCCCCAAAGGAAACAAAGGUGUGAAGGGUGACACAGGCGCAACAGGGACAUCGGUAGCACUUGAAGCAAGAGUAAAACAACUAGAAGAUACAAUUGCCAUGAUGAAGAAAGUCUUCACACCGAAUCAGAAACUUGAAUUUUGCGCAAUGGGCAUGAAGUCCAGAGACAUUGCGGAUGCAGAUAUUUCAACCUCUUCCGAUUGGGAAAGUUUUCAUCAUGGACAAUAUGGAAGAUUAGAUGAACAGCCUGCAUCAAACCCAACUUCAUAUGGAUCAUGGAUUUCUCGAAAACCCCGAAUCGGAGAUUGGAUUCAAAUCGAUUUAGGAAUGCCUAAAGCGGUGUCUGGAGUUGUAACACAAGGUAGACCAACAAGUUAUGAUCAAUGGGUGACUUCGUAUAAAAUCAAGUGCGGAAAUUUUACAAAUAGUUUCCAAACCAUCAUGGAAAAUAAUCAAGAGAAGGUAUUUCAAGGAAAUAAUGACCGAAAUACUAAAGUCACAAAUAUAUUUCCCAAUCCAGUGGUUUGCCGCUACGUGCGACUCUAUCCACAGCGUUGGCAUGUACAUUUAAGCAUGAGAAUGGAAAUACUUCGUGGAGAAUGCUACGAUUUCUCCAAUAUGGGUAAGUUCGUGGUUGUGUUACUAUCCCUCACUUCAGUGGGUAUGCUCGCCUCCUGUGACAUACCCAAUGUUUUUGAGUUUUGCACUGCUCUCAUGUCUGACAAACAAAACUCUUGCAAUACGGCAACAUGUCAAGGAAGGCCAGGCAAGAGAGGCCCAGUUGGCUCUCAAGGAAACAAAGGUGCGAAAGGUGACACUGGCGCAACAGGGACAUCGGAAGCACUUGAAGCAAGAGUAAAACAAUUAGAAGAUACAAUUAUCAUGAUGAAGAAAGUCUUCACACCGAAUAAGAAACUCGAAUUUUGCGCAAUGGGCAUGAAGUCCAGAGACAUUGCGGAUGCGGAUAUCUCAACCUCUUCCGAUUGGGAAAGUUUUCAUCAUGGACAAUAUGGAAGAUUAGAUGAACAGCCUGCAUCAAACCCAAAAUCAUAUGGAGCAUGGAUUUCUCGGAAACCUCAAAUCGGAGACUGGAUUCAAAUCGAUUUAAGAAUGCCUAAUGCGGUUUCCGGAGUUGUAACACAAGGUAGACCAGCAAGUUAUGAUCAAUGGGUGACUGCGUAUAAAAUCAAGUGCGGAAAUUCUACAAACAAUUUCCAAACUAUCAUGGAAAAUGAUCAAGAGAAGGUAUUUCAAGGAAAUAAUGACCGAAAUACUAACGUCACCAAUAUAUUUCCCAAUCCAGUGGUUUGCCGCUACGUGCGACUCUAUCCACAGCGUUGGUACGGACAUUUGAGCAUGAGAAUGGAAAUACUUCGUGGAGAAUGCUAUUCCAAUAUGGCGAAGUUCAUAGUUGUAUUACUUUCCAUCACUUCAUUGGGUAUGCUCGCUUCUUGUGACAUACCCAAUGUUUUCGAGUUUUGUACUGCUCUCAUGUCCGACAAACGAAACUCUUGCAGUAAGGCAACAUGUCAAGGAAGGCCAGGCAAGAGAGGACCAGUUGGCCCCAAAGGAAACAAAGGUGUGAAGGGUGACACAGGCGCAACUGGGACAUCGGUAGCACUUGAAGCAAGAGUAAAACAACUAGAAGAUACAAUUGCCAUGAUGAAGAAAGUCUUCACACCGAAUCAGAAACUUGAAUUUUGCGCAAUGGGCAUGAAGUCCAGAGACAUUGCGGAUGCAGAUAUUUCAACCUCUUCCGAUUGGGAAAGUUUUCAUCAUGGACAAUAUGGAAGAUUAGAUGAACAGCCUGCAUCAAACCCAACUUCCUAUGGAGCGUGGAUUUCUCGAAAACCCCGAAUCGGAGAUUGGAUUCAAAUCGAUUUAGGAAUGCCUAAAGCGGUGUCUGGAGUUGUAACACAAGGUAGACCAACAAGUUAUGAUCAAUGGGUGACUUCGUAUAAAAUCAAGUGCGGAAAUUUUACAAAUAGUUUCCAAACCAUCAUGGAAAAUAAUCAAGAGAAGGUAUUUCAAGGAAAUAAUGACCGAAAUACUAAAGUCACAAAUAUAUUUCCCAAUACAGUGGUUUGCCGCUACGUGCGACUCUAUCCACAGCGUUGGCAUGUACAUUUGAGCAUGAGAAUGGAAAUACUUCGUGGAGAAUGCUACGAUUUCUAUUGAGAAAUCAGUCAAGAUUUUGAUUUGAAUUUGAAUCAAAGUGAAACAAAACCAAAGUGUGAAUUUUGUUAUUCCAAUACUCUACGGACAACUUUUUUUAUCUUGACUUGUUGUGAUGUCAUGGGCACUGCUAGACGAACACUACACUGAAAAGUCACACACUUUUAUAGCGUAAGUGGAUACUUUCUUGAACUUGCUCCCAUAUUUAAGAUAAUUGUAACCAUCAAGAUGUGCUUAUAUUUCAAAAUAUAUUUCCUAAUAACUAACUGCCUUAAUUACGUAUCCCGGCGUACAUGGCCACUAUCAUACCGCGCGGCCUCAAAAGCAAUAUUCUUGUAGGGUUCCACGACGCUGACUGUGGUCAGACUGCUGUUAUGUUACUAUACUGUUGCCCAUGGUUACCCUGGUUGUGCCUGGAGUCUCUUUUUUUGUUACGGUUUUGGAUUUUCUUGGACAUUCUUUCCUUCACUGCUUAAAUGUGUUCGAUUUAUUCUAUUUUACUUGUAUCAAAGUUAGACAUUUAUCACAGGUGUCGCUGCUAGAUAACCAACAUUGUUUUUUUCGCGUCACCCUUCACCAUGAAAUGCCUUUAUUUAUGUUUUCUCUAAUUUUUGUUCGCAUUACGUGUAUGUUUCAUGUUGGUGAAAAAUAAACGACUGACUGACUGACUG